UAAUAUUAGACAGCCUGACUACCUGUUGUCAUGAAGUCACAUCUCUCCCGUUCCUCUGCUGUCUGACACUUCUACUGUCUCAUUAUUUCCUGGGGAUGGUCUAUGAAAAUCCUCCCUAGGAUUGAUUCACCGAGGAACCCCACGCAGUCUGGGUGACUUGUCCCAGACAGCCUUCAAAACACCCCUGUUUCCAGGGACUGGUUGGACAUUCUCCAUCUUAAGCGGGAGGAACGUGGCCUCCCACAUCCGGGGUGAAGAGAUUAUAAAUGUCCUGAAUGAAAAAAUCUCUCUUAAAGUCACAUACAAUCCGAGAAAAAAAACCCAAAUGUUUUUAUAUUUUGUUUGAAUAUAAAAUUAAGCAAGAACUUUCCAUAGAAGCUUCCUGGCCGUCACCAUGUUCUGGAAGUUUGACUUGAACAGCACGUCCCACGUCGACAAGCUGUUGGACAGGGAGGAUGUAACCCUGCGGGAGCUGAUGGACGAGGACGACGUCCUGCAGGAGUGCAAGGCCCAGAACCAGAAGCUGCUGGGCUUCCUGUGCCGGCAGCAGUGCAUGGAGGAGCUGGUGAGCCUCAUCACGCGGGACCCGCCACUGGACAUGGAGGAGAAGGUCCGCUUCAAGUACCCGAACACAGCCUGCGAGCUCCUGACGUGUGACGUGCCGCAGAUCAACGACAGACUCGGAGGGGACGAGACUCUGCUGAACCUUCUCUAUGACUUCUUGGACCACGAGCCGCCUCUCAAUCCUCUGCUCGCCAGUUUUUUCAGCAAGACCAUCGGCAAUCUCAUCGCACGAAAAACGGAACAGGUGGUCCAGUUCCUGAAGAAGAAGGACGGCUUCGUGGGCCUGCUCUUGGAGCACCUGGGCACCUCCGCCCUCAUGGACCUGCUGCUGCGGCUGGUCAGCUGCGUGGAGCCGCCCGGGCUCAGGCGCGACGUCCUGCACUGGCUCAACGAAGAGAAGAUCAUCCAGAGACUCGUGCAGCUGAUCCACCCGAGUCAGGAUGAAGACAGACAGUCCAACGCCUCGCAGACCCUCUGUGACAUCAUCCGGCUGGGCCGCGAGCAGGGCAGUCAGCUGCAGGAGGCGCCGGAGCCCGACCCCCUCCUCGCAGUGCUGGAGUCGCAGGACUGCGUGGAGCGCCUCCUCAAGAACAUGUUUGACGGAGACCGCACGGAGAGCUGCCUCGUCAGCGGGACUCAGGUGUUACUCACCUUGCUGGAAACGCGGCGGGCUGGGACAGAGGGCUUGGUGGACUCCUUUUCUCAGGGACUGGAGGGGCUGUGCACCGUCAGCAGCAGCGUCCUGCACGGCAUUGAGCCACGACUGAAGGACUUCCACCAGCUUCUGCUCUGCCCGCCCAAGAAAGAAGCGAUCCUGACCACCAUCGGCGUGCUGGAGGAGCCCCUGGGCAACGCCCGCCUGCACGGGGCCCGCCUCAUGGCCGCGCUGCUGCACACCAACACCCCUGGCAUCAACCGGGAGCUCUGCCGGCUCGACACCAUGGGCCUGCUGCUGGACCUGUUUUUUAAAUACACCUGGAAUAACUUCUUGCACUUCCAAGUGGAACUGUGCAUAGCCGCUAUCCUGUCCCACGCCGCCCGGGAGGACAGGGCAGGAGCCAGUGGACCGGACAGUGGGGUGGAGCUUCUGCCCGGGAAUGGGGACCCUGAGACCCCCCAGCCUGCCGCCAGCUGUCCCGAGAACACAAUGGUGACCCAUCUGUUCCAGAAGUGUUGCCUGGUCCAGAGGAUCCUGGAGGCCUGGGAAGCAAAUGAUCACGCACAGGCAGCGGGCGGCACGCGGCGCGGCAACAUGGGCCACCUCACGCGGAUCGCCAACGCGGUGGCGCAGAACCUGGAGAAGGGUCCCGUGCGGGCGCACAUCAGCGACGUCCUCCGAGGGCUGCCCGCUGACUGCCGAGGGCGCUGGGAAAACUUUGUGGAGGAGACGCUCGCGGAGACCAACCGCAGGAACGCCGUGGACCUGGUAAGCACCCACCACCUUCACCCCUCGAGUGAGGAUGAGGACAUGGAGGGCGUUUUCCCUAAUGAGCUGUCCCUGCAGCAGGCUUUCUCCGAGUACCAGGUCCAGCAGAUGACGGCCACCUUCGUGGAUCAGUUUGGCUUCAACGACGAGGAGUUUGCUGACCAGGACGACAGCGUCAAUGCUCCUUUCGAUCGGAUCGCGGAGAUCGACUUCAGCAUCGACGCGGACGAGGACAGCCCCAGCGCAGCUCUGUUUGAGGCCUGCUGCAGCGACCGCAUCCAGCCCUUCGACGACGACGAGGAGGAUGACAUCUGGGAGGACGAGGAGACGCACCGCGCCGCCCGGGUGACGGCCAGGGCCAGGUUUGGGGGUCCUCACACCUCAGAGAGCUGCUCCAAGAACGGCCUGCAGCGUGGGGGCCAGGACAGGAAGGAGGGUUUGGAAGCAGACAAGGAUGCCGCUCGGGCAGGUGCUUCUCUGGCUUCUACCCAGAAGGAAGGUCCUCGCUUGGAGGGUGGCUCAGAAGAAGGUACCUCGUGGGCAGUGUUUGAUGAACCGGUGAACUCGCCAGUGCCGGCCCCAGGAGUGGCGGUGGAUGUCGGUUCCAGCGUGUGGGCGGCCAGCACCCACAGUCCCUCGACUUCGGAGGAGAAAGGCUGGGCCAAGUUCACCGACUUCCAGCCUUUCUGCUGCUCUGAAUCAGGGCCCAGGUGUAGCUCCCCGGUGGACACGGGCCACGGCGAUACCCAGGAGGGGCCGAACCAGGGCCCAGAGAGAGCCCGCCCGGCUUCCCCGUGUGCCUGGAGCGCCUGUGUCACCAGGAAGGCCCCCUUGGUGGCCUCUGACAACGGUGAGGACCAGCAGAAGACGGCUGGUGCCUUGGAAGCUGUCAGUCCGGGGCCCAGCCGGGAGGCCCCUCCGCCGUCCGCGUCAGUCCCCAGGGCCGAGAGUGCCGGCAGCCCGCUGUCGGACCCCACCUCCCCCGCACCUGCAGAAGCGACCUUCACCCUGGCUGUGGCCGUCCCUGCCGAGGCUGCCGUGGCGGCCCCCCCAGCGCCAAGCAAGGCCGGCCCCACCCCAGCCACCAUGGCAGGCCCCCCAGGACCUGCCGUGGCCGUCCCCACUGCGGCCCCAGCCACGUGCACAGCAGCCAUGCUGGGGACAGUGACAAAAGACAAGAAGACGGACUCCCCACCACCUGCCGGAGCCGCCUUGAACGGCCCCGUGUGACGCUGCUGCUGCCCGGCCACGGCGCGCCCUUCAUCGAGAAAACUACCUGGUGAUGCAAUUUGUCUUUUUUAAUUUAAUUUAAUUUAACUUUAAAAUAAAUGCUGCAUUGGUAAAGCUGGCAGUUGGACCCAGUUGGACAGCCCAGCCUGCGCCUCUCCUGCCUGACCCCGAGGGGGCCUCGAGUCCAGCUCCGCGCACAGCAAUAAGGCCUCAGGCGCGCGCUCUGCCGGUGGGAGCGGGGGGCCGUGACCCCGAGACACCGUGUGGACUGAGGGCCGCGAUGGCUGUGGAUGCCACAGGCUCCGAGCCUCAGUUUUUACUUUUUUUUUUUUCCUUCCAACAAACGCAGGAAAGAGCCACGUGUUUGCACUUUUGUGUCCAGCCACAGCGAAGGGUCUCCCUGGCUCUGGGGACAAAUGCGGGUCUGGAGCCGGACUGGCCAGACAGGGUCUUAGCUGCCCGGUGCCCCUGGGAGCUGGCCUUGAGCCAGGCUGCAACAUUUGACUGCCUUAAAAUGAGACCCUCGUGGCCUGGUGGGCAGUUGGGGCACCUGGUUAGGGGCUGGCCUUGUGUGCGCAGGAUGGGGCACAGGGGCGCAGAAACCGGCUUUGGCGGAGCCAGGGCACCCGUCGGGGAGGGCAGGGCCAGGCCCCGUCCUCCUGGAGGGGUCUGUAGGGUUAUUUUGCGUUGAGUCCAUUUUUAAUGUUCUGAGAAUCUGACAGGGCACCCAAGACCCCAACUCCCAAUAAAAGUUGUGUUAUUCUUACUGA